CGCGCAAAUACCAUGGACGACGAUGCAGCGCUUGGCGCGGCGGCAGACGAUAUUCUGUCGGCCGACUUUCUACUCGUGGCGGUCGGAGCGGGCUUUUCAGCGGACUCUGGCCUGCCUGUUUACAAUGACAUCGCCAACGUGGCCGCGUAUAAAGCCAUGGAUCUCGAAUACCACGACCUGUGUGAUGCGCACUGGGCACAUGCAAACUUGCCAUUGUUUUACGGCUUCUGGGGCGACUGCUUCAACAUGUACCGCGACUCGAGUGGUCAUGCAGGAUACGAGAUACUGCGCGAGUGGAAGCUCCGUCUGUGUCGAAAGCGAACCGACUUGGCGUCUCUCUUGCCUGACAAGUCAAGUCUUGACGUGACAACAGAGCCGUUCUUUGUGUACUCGUCGAACGUGGACGCUCAUUUCCGUCGCAUGUUUGCCCAGAACGAAGUGUACGAGAUUCACGGCACCACAGAGCGGUGGCAAUGCGCAGGGUUGAGCGACGGAGUGCCGCCAUGUCCAGGCACAUGGCUCCUCCCACCAGACUAUCGCUUCCCCGUGGACAAGACUUCCAUGCUAUCGCACGUGUCAAGCCCCCCCCCUCCAUUUCUAGAAUGCCCCAAGUGCCACGGCCCAGCGCGACCAAACGUGCUCAUGUUUGGCGAUACUUCGUGGCUUCCAAACCACCAAGACGAGGCACGGUACGUGGCGUGGGAGGCUGCCGUGGAAGAAGCAUUGAUGCGCGAUCGAACCAAGCGCCUUGUGGUGCUCGAAAUUGGCUGUGGCUUACGUGUGCCGAGUGUGCGGAUGGAGUGCGAAAUGGUUGCGCGGGACAUCCAAUGCAAGACUCAGUCCACUGACCAAGUGCGCCACAUUCGCAUCAAUCCCACUGACAUCGAUGGGGACGACGACACGGCGUCACCUGUGCUGCGGCAGAUCCAAUCGACGGGCCUGGCGGCUCUAAUGGCCAUCGCCAAGCACAUGGAUACCGCGAUUGCGACAAUGUAGAGUGCAAAUAGUAUACUAGUACAUACAGUAUGUGACUAUGAAGAUCAUAACGCUGACAAGCCAAAUGAAAAGAAGACGACCUUCACUGUCGAAA